AUGUGGCUGGGUGAGGUGGGGAGUGUCGUGCUGGUCACGCUGUUGCUGGCCAACACAGUCGGAUUGAUUAAAUCCGACGCAGAGCUGCCUGAUUUUGACUUCGACAGCCCUAAGGGUGAUGACCACGAUGAUUACUAUUACGUGAGUGAAGGAGACGACCAGCAGAUGCAGCCGUCGCAUAAAAUUAUAAACUACAACCGAACCGCUGAGGAGGCGGAAUUCGAAGGGGAUCGAGGUGACAGUGAAGGGAACAACACCUCUGCCGGCGCUAAGGCAGGCGGUUUCCUAAUGGAGGACGACGACACCAGCUUCGAGCUGAUGGACGACGUGGACUUUGUGGAGGAUGGUGCCGUGAGCAAUUUUCAGCGGAAGCAGGCCGCCAUGCGGCAGAUUAUGAUGCGAGCUUUUGCCAACAGCGAGAUGCAGAGAAAGUUUGCCGAAGUGCUGCCCCUGCUGAAGGUGAUGUCAAAGGCUCAGAAGGCGACGCUGGCGGCGCUGAUUUCGGCGCAGGUUCAGUCCCGGGACGGGCACACAAUGUCGCUGGAACAGGUCAAACAAAUGUUUGGCGAUCGGCAAGAACUGAUCCUCCCGCUGGUGUACGAUGUGGCGAACAUGAUCCGAACGGUGGCCAAAAAGGAGAGCUUACUGGACGAACGGUAUCCCACCGAAGAGGAGCCCAUUCCGGCGAACCAACUGUUGCGAAGGAGCUUUUCCGUUCGAUCGGAGCCGUCGGGGUUCAAAGUAAACACGAUCGAGACGGCGGAUUCGAAUCUCAAAGACGAUCGGAUGGUCGUUGACGUCAAAGAGGAUGACGUGCGAUCGGUUCGCGAUAGUAGUGCAAACGGCGACCGGGAUGAUGAACGGGAGGGCGGUCGGUCAAUGAUGAGCGACGUGCCUAUGUUCGAAGCUUUGGUCCAAUCGUUUCCAAGGUUCAAUCAACAGCUGACUAGGGUAAAGGGCGAAAAGGAAGAACGAAUGUCAUACCACGAGCGGAAGCUAAACAUGACAGCAUUUAACUCCACCAAAAGGCAAAAGGAUCAACUGGCCAUGCCAUCGGAUGGACCGAUACCGAUAACGUUACCCAAAGCAUCCCAUCCCGGUAAUUCGAAGAAGUCACAGCCGAUGCCACUAACCACAGCAGCUCCAACGCCGGAAGUAACGACCCUCACCAUGGAAGAAAUCGAAGAUAUGGCUCUUUCGGGACUGAACGGAACUGAACUGGAUGCCCUGGAGAAAUCCGGUAUUGGUAACGCGAACGGAAGUGGUCCGGUGGCGGAGUUGCUGAUCGGUGGGUUCCGCAAUCGACCGUCCGACCUGAACAGGAUCCAUAUGCUGCUGCCGAACGAAAAGUGUGACCAUUUCACCACCGGUGUUUGCAUUCGAGUGGAUAAUUAUCCUACAUCUCAGAUCCUGUACAGUAUCACCCGGCACAAGAGCGCGAUGGGAGCCCUGCUAGCGGAAUACAUCGACAAGACCAACGAGUUCGACAAGAAUUCCUUCGAGCCGGAGGAAAUCGAAAGCGGAAUCAACACCAAGCUGACGAAACGCUCCGAUGACCCUUCAAAGUCUGGCGGCGGCAUGUGCCCGAGCAUCAUCCGUUACGCACGGCCGCAAAAAGCUCGGUCGGCCACCGGCGAGUGGAAGUACAUCGUAAACACCGGAGAGCACACGCAAACCUUGCGGCUGGAAAAGUGCACGACACCCCAAGACAGCUGCACUUACCUUACGGACAAUUUCCGUUCGCGCUGUGUUCAGAUCUAUAACUAUCACCGGUUGUUGAGUUGGGACAACGCCCGAGGUCUUCACGUGGACAUCUUCAAGGUACCCACCUGCUGCUCAUGCCACAUUGAUGGAUACCGAGAAUCUUUCCCACCGCUGAAUAACUUCAACAACGAGUACGACUCCAAGAGUGAAUCCUUUGAGGAUCCGACGCUGGCGGCCACUAACUUCGUCAAGAACACGCAGUACAGUACGCUCAAAUUCGACAGUGAUGAGCCGGAAAAUGUACAGGAAAACAUCGCCUAUCACUUUGCCAAUGGAUUCCAGCGGAUGAAACCACCGAAGUACGAGAAUGCUGUGUUGGUCCCACCGAGUCCGCCACCACACUUCCAUAAGAACCGAUUCGAACGUCCCAAGAUGCAUCCAAAGAAGCCGACAAUUCCCCAUUACAUGCCGUCUCAGAUGCUGGAUACCUAUCUGAGCCCACCCCCGAACGACGUCAGCUUCCACGCCCCAUUCAAAAGGGGUCCACAUUUCACGAACGACAAUUCGCUCAAGCGAACGGCGCAGGUACAGCCCAGUCGAAACCGUCUUCCGGUGCGCAAGCAAAUCAACGUCAACGACCAGAACAUCGCGGAAACCGAUAUUCGCAUCAAUCAGGUACAGGUGAUGCCUCCGGCCAUAAAAAACGACCGACUACCACCGGUGCAACCAACGGAAAAACAUCGCAAACGUUUUACAACCCAGCCAACGCCAAUCUACAAGAAGGAAAAACCGAACCACUUCCGGAUAUCGAACCUCAAACCUUCACCCCACACAACCGAAGCAACGCCGUUCAUUCCACUGACGACAACGACCACAACCACCACGACCACGACGGCCGCUACAACCAACGGUCACCAGCGGAUAAACUACAACUAUCACCCCAUCAUCGAUUUCUUCGGCGAGGAGGACGUGUCGGAACUGCAGUCGGACCCUAUCGAUCGGAUUGGUCGCAAUAGUGCACCCUCUCCGGCUUUAUCUUCCUCGAUGAACAGCUGGAAACCGGUUCUGCACGGGCCGGGACAACGGCCCAUGAGGAUACCGAUCUGA